AUGGGCCUCACCACCAUCCCCCGCGGCUACAAAGUGCCCGUGGCGCUCCUGGACCAGUUCCUCGAGGCCAACGGCCAGGACGCGACACACGGCCAACUCCCCUUAUCCGCUGAGGCGGCGAACUGCCCGGGGGAGGAAAGGCUGUUGCAGGCGGAGGGGGUGCGAGAUAUCAAGGGUGAGGACUUGACGGUUGUUCUGUACGUUGUUGUGACGGACGAGCGGAUGUUCUAGUGGUCGUCGCCUUGUGCGCGCGAGGUGAGUUUCCCGAACUCGUUUGUGCGAUGACUAUUUGGAUUGUUUGGUCUAUGGCUGGUUUUGAUGCCCAAUGGGAUCUCUAUAAGUUGCGGCCGAUGCGAGGCGAUACUUGAGAACUGGUUCCAGCAACAAAACCAUCGGCGGAAAGUCAUGGGUGUCAGGUAGGCAGCGUUCUUCCCGAGUUCUGAGUCAAGCUCUCGCGUCUUACGAUUGCCUGGGCUGCAGGCAUUUCGAUACUUCUUGGGUAAGGUAGCUUGAAGCCUGGGAGUUUCUGGUGUUGUGGCACCGAUUACUUUAAUUCCUGGCGUGGUAAGGAAAACCGGGAAAACAGAGAACAAAAGAAAAUAACCC